CUGCCGCUACAUUCACCAGCCGUGAGCCCUGUUUCUGGUUGAGCAUCUGCCCUCUGGUGCCAUGGACCCAUCCAAGUCCCCCUCUGAUGAGCCCCUUCUCAAAGGGAAAAGAAGGCAAGAUCUCCAAGAGAUGCUGAGAGAAGUAGGACUGGAAAUUGAGUACUGGUUGCCAAAGCUGCAGAAACACCUUGGUGUGAGCUGUGCCCAGGCCUUACAACAUGUAGAAGAAAGAGAACUCCAGAAACUCAAAUCCCAGGCAAAACAUUCCUGGGAGAAAAGGGCUCUGGAGAAGCUCCUCAAGCUGUCACACUCACCUAGCUUUUCAGAGUUACAGGAGUCUCAGGGGAAAAUGAUAAAGAAAAAGAAGAAGAAGGAAAAGCAAAUGUGGAAGGAGCGAAGAUAUUUCAAAUCAGAAGAGAGGCAACAACAGCAACAAGAGAAAGCGAGGGGGAAAAAGACAGACCUGAGGUGGGCAAUGGAGCUCCCCAACAAGAAUAGGCGACCCCCCGAAAAAUCCCUGCAAGAAGUCAUGGAAAACAUGGAGGGAAAACUCAACCUCAAUGAGAGGACACUGUCUCACAGGCAAAACCUCCCAGAUAGAAAUCUGGUGAGAUGGGCAUCUGGAGGGCUGGCCCUGCAGGGAAUUUACAAAACCAGCUCCCACAGGAGCCUUCUGGAGAAGAGAGAAGAGCUACUCAGUGUCCCCCAGGAGUUCUUACUCUUUGGCCCUGAGCACAGCACACGAAUGGGAACCUGGGAAUUUACAUCUUCUCAAGCAGAAUCCAUGUUCACCAAGAUGAUAGAGAAGCUGGGGUUCGGUGUAACUGCAUCAGCCAAGGGCGGAGGUUGGGGACUUUGCUUGGAAGCUGUUAUGGACCACAGCAAACAUUCAGAAUCCAAGGAAACCCGACAGUCACAUCCUGAGCACUCCUAUUUCUGCUCUACCAAGUUCAGCUAUGUCCCACUUGCCUCCUGCCACUUUCCCAUGGAUCAGCUCCAGUUCUCCAAGGCUGCUCUCCAGGAACUGAAAUGCAUUGAUGACCUUCUGUGUGAGCCUGCAGAUCCAGACAGACUCCCCUUGCUAAGGGGCAGGACUGAAGCUUUUUUCCACAGGUUUGGCUCUCAUGCUAACCAGGGCCCUCUGCACCUGGGAGGAAUCUACUGGUGGAAAGCCACUUCGGAGGGUUUCUGGAGUGAGGAGCUGGAACAAGUAAAGGAACAGUCAGCAGAGAUCCUAAACAGGUUCAUAAAGGGAAGCUACAGCAGCUUUGGAGUGAAAGUUGCUGCAGGUAUGGAUGAGCCAGACUCUUGUUCAGAAACAGCCGCCCAAAGCACAACCUUCCAAAGUCUCCAAACCAAAGUCCAAUUAUCUGUGGCCCAGACAGGUGGCCCACCAGAAGCAAAUGGCUUUCUCCAGUGGAAAGCUGGCCUAGUUGCCAGUAAUCAAACCUGGAGUGUCAUAGACCGGGGCCUUCAGCUGGUGCCCGUUUGGGACAUCAUCCUCUCCAACCACGGAAGUGAUUUUAAGGAUCCUUUUCAGGUGGCUAGCUUACUGAAGGAUAGCUACACUGCUCUGACUGGUAUCUCUGCCCAGAUCCAGGAUGGAGAAGACUUACUGAGUGUUGAAAAGGAGGCUAGGGUUUUCCUAGAGGAUGUGAAAUCUUGGGAGGUAUCUGAUCCUAAAAGCCAGCUUAAAAAACUGAUAAAUUUCAUGCAAAUGUUGAGUCAAAAAAUAAAAAGUUAUGACGCUUGGGUUAACAUAUGCCUCACAGACUGGGGUCUGCAGAAUUUUCUGGUAAACACUGUUAACUUUUGCAAAAAGUCUUCCAACUAUGUAACUAAGUUUAUUAAAUCUCAGUUGUGCAGCCUUUUGGAUCCUCACAUCUACAGAGUGAGUAACUUCCCUCAGGCUCAUUCCAUCAUGCAGUGGGUCUUCCAGUCAGAGUCAGACCAGGAGCCUAUGAACAUCACCCAUUUAUCUGAACUAAUUAAAAUCUUAAAGGAAACCAAGAAUGACCUCAUGGAAGUGGAGGUGAAAUCUGAGCCUGCCGAAAAAGUGGAGGAAGCUCAGAGAAAGGCCUCUUGUGAGGUCAGUUUGUCUCUUGGCUGCUUCUUGAAUUACCUCCAAGAAACAGAGCAGCCAGACACACACCUCUUGCUACUUUGCAUUGCAGCUGGUGCAGGGUAUCAUGUGGUACACAAUACGUUUCAGUAUCCUCUUGGGUUUCAUGAGUUAGACUUCCUACUGGAUACAAUGCAAACUGCACAAGAUAAAUACCAGGAACUCAAAAAUAUUUGCACCUACAGAGCUCAGGCAUUCCUCGUGCUCACAGGUCUUACAGCUACCAGUGGACUCACAGAUGUUUCCCCGGAGGAGAAAAUACAACGUUUGGUAUUAAUAAGCCAUCACCUGGGUCAGUAUUUAUCAAAGGAAGUUGCACAUGUCCUCUCCAAAUCAGGAGCAGAUCAUGAUUGGAAAAACUUAGAGAAAGACUUGAGAUUGCUCAUUGAUGGUAAUUAUGAAGACACCAUCUCCUCUUUGCAAAUAGAUGAGAUAGGAAAAAACUUGCAAAGGAAGUUCCCUAAAAAGAAACAAUCCGAUGAACCCCAUGAUAAUAGAAAUACCAAAUGGGAAGUCAUAGAAGAUACAGCCUUUCUGAGAUUACUACAGAGUCUAGGAUUAAAACAUUACUACCCAAAAGGGAUGAGCAGAGCUAACUUCCAUCUGAUCAACAAGACUUCUGUAUACAACAGCAAACCCAGAUCUGAAAGGGAGCUUCCCUUAUAUUUUUUUCAGAAGCUACAAGUGCUGGAUUAUGAGCUGAGAUACCUAGUCUUCAAAAAUGAUGAAAACACACAGAAUCAAGUCUAUCCAAGUGCCUCAAAUCAGGAAAAUGAGACUUUUGAUCCAUAUGAAGACAUGCUUGAAGACAGGAAUACUCCCACUAAUCCUUCACCCUCUAAUCCUAAGCCCCAUAUUCACCCUAUGGAUAUUCAGAUGGCAAUUCUUCACUGUGCAGAUAAUUUUGCCAGACAGUAUAUUUUGUCCAAACUUUCCAUGUGCCAGUUUGCACUCCCUCUUCUCAUACCUAAUCCCUGCAGUUCUCAAAUUGAAUUCUCUCUCUGGUCUCUCAGUCAAAUUAGAAGGAGCUGGCAGGAAGCAAGGAAAACACCAAGAGAGGAGAAGAUCAAUUACAAGCAUAAGCAGAUGUGUAGAGUCUCUACCCCCAUUGUGUCCUUUAUAAGAGUUGGAAAUGGCUUCUCUGCUUCCAAAUCACAGAUCAUGAACUGUCUUCUCAGUAAACGUAAACAUGAUGUGUUUUUCCACCGACAUUGCAGAGGGAGCACCAAAGACUGUCUCUUGAUGGGGGGAGUGGUGGAAAUCUGCUGGUUCUGCCCUGGGGGAGAAGAUGAGGACAGAUUUGACAACUGUGUGACCUUCACCAAUCUCCAUGGAGAUGCAAAGGAACAUAAGAAGCAACUCAAUUUCUUGCAGGAGGUCUCUUCUCUCUUUGUUGUCCUUAUGUCAACUUCUGAUGACAAUAAAGAAAACCGAAAAAUUAUUCGUGAUCUGAGUCAGUCACAAAGACCUUUGAUUUGUUUACUUGAUAACAAAGAACAAACUGUAGCCAAUAAUUCUAAUGAAAAAGUGAUAAUAGGAAUCAGGAACCGAAAUGAAGCAGAAUUAACAGAAGAGCUAGUUACUACAAUGAGAUGUUUGCUGGAGCUCUCGGACACUGUUCUCAGCUUAGAGGAAUGUGUAGCAAUUGCUCACAAGCAAGGAUUUCUUAUUGACGAAGACCAGAAAGAUUGCAAGGAAGCCAGAGAAAAGGCAGAGGUCCUAAUAGCUCUACUGAAAGAAAUGAAUAUAUCGCAGAUAAAGGAAAACUUACUACCCCUUCAGGGACACCUAUGGCAUCGUUGGUGUAAAAAGGACAAAGAACUCUAUCAUCUAAGAGAAAAAGGGAAUCGAAGUAUUGAACAACACAAGAGUGAGAUUGAGACAGAAAAACAAAGAAUACGGAGGGAACAGUUGACCAGAGCUUUUCCUCUCAAUGACUUGAUGCAUUCUGUUCUUGAAAUUCUCCAAAAUCAUUCAGAAACUCCACCCACACACUACUUUUUGCAAUGGCUGAGUGUGUUUUUGGACAACCUGACUUCAGGACACUUGGAAAAACUAAAUGAAAAGAAAAACAAUUUGUGGUCACUGAUACAAACAGAAAAGCAAAAGGCACCAAAGAGCCCUGACCUCCAACACUGGCAAAGAGAGAUAGAAGCUAUCUCCACAGAGAUUAAUAACUGUACCUUUGGAAUUGAGCAAAUUCUUAGAGAAGUUGGCCAGAUCUAUGAAGCUCUGGAAGAAGCGUCUCACACAAAACCUAUGCCUUACCUCUCCCUUCCCCAGAUCGCUGCAGAUCUGAUGAUAUCUGGUGUUCCCAUUGAACUGAUGGACGGGGAUGCUUCAUAUGUGCCUCUAAAGUGGGUGGGAGCUGUUUUUGACAAGGUCUCUGAGAAACUUGGAAACAAACGGCUAUUUGUUCUCUCUGUCCUUGGCCUACAGAGCUCAGGGAAGUCCACUCUGCUGAAUGCACUUUUUGGGCUGCAGUUCACGGUCAGUGCUGGGAGGUGUACCCGGGGGGCCUACAUGCAGCUCCUGAAGGUCGAAGAGACUUUCACAGAGGAACUGGGCUUUGACUUUGUGCUUGUUGUGGACACAGAAGGCCUUCGUGCCCCAGAACUCAGCAACAAAUCCAAUAAUCGUGACAAUGAGUUGGCAACCUUUGUCAUUGGACUUGGAAACUUGACUCUGAUCAAUAUUUUUGGGGAAAAUCCAUCAGAAAUGCAAGAUAUCCUACAAAUAGUGGUUCAAGCCUUUAUGAGGAUGAAACAAGUAAAAAUCUCCCCAAGUUGCCUUUUUGUCCAUCAGAAUGUGGGGGAAGUUACAGCUAAAGAUCAAACUAUGGAAGGAAGGAGGCGGUUAGAGCAGAGACUAGAUGAAAUGGCCACAGCUGCAGCUGAGCAAGAACAGUGCUCAGAUGUAACCCACUUUGGUGAUAUCAUUAAAUUUGAUACCAAUACUGAUAUCUUCUACUUUGCUCACCUCUGGGAUGGCAAUCCCCCAAUGGCCCCUCCCAAUCCUCGCUACAGCCACAAUGUUCAGGAUCUAAAAAGCAGAAUUCUUAUGGCUGCCAAACAGGAGUCGAGGGGAAGCAUCAUGAAGAUCUCAGAUGUGAAAUUGCGAGUUCAAGAUCUGUGGAGAGCCCUGCUGAGUGAGAACUUUAUCUUCAGUUUCAGGAACACUCGAGAGGUCAUGGCCAUGAGCAAAUUGGAAACUAUGUAUAACUCCUGGACCUGGAAGCUGAGGAGUUAUGUGCUAGACUUGCAGAACCAGCUCAUUAACCAGAUUAAGAAUGGGAAAAUCCAGAGAGUCACAGCAAGCACUCUUGAGGCUCCAGUUACAGAAAAAUAUAAAGCCAUCCAGCAAGAACUGGAAAAAUAUUUUAAAGAAGAUCCAGAUAGUGAAGUCAUUAUUCAGUGGAAAGCAAGUUUUGAAAAUAAACUAAUAAAUCUUAAAGAGGCACUUAUUUUUGAGAGCAAAAAUAAAGCCGAGGGACAUAUAAGUUAUAAAAAGAAUCAAGAAAUACUGGAUAACAAAAAAUCAGGUUAUGAAAAGGAAUUAUUGGAAAGAAGCCGAGAAUUGGCUUUAACUGUAAAGGACAAAGAAUUGAGUGAGGAAGAGCUGCAUAACAAAUUCAAUCAACUUUGGGGUAAAUGGGUCUGUGAUGUGUCCUCAACUGUCCCUCCCGGCACAGAGCCUAACAUCGAUGUGGAUUCUGAAGACAUCCUUUUGGACUAUUUUAAACAGGAGACAGACAUGGUGAAUAUACUGAAGAAAAAGUCUAGAAAGGAGUUUGAAAUCAAUUAUGAAAAACAUAUCAAAAUGUGCAGAUGGUAUGGUUUAUUACCAAGGUACUUAGAAGUACAUGAUAUAGAGUCCGUAAAGAGGACUACUGGCCACAUUAUUUCAAGAUACACUAAAAAUAUUAAAAGCCUCCAGGGGCAACAAUGUGAUUAUGACCCAAGUUAUUUCCAUGAAAUCCUGAACUUAAUAGAAGAGGAGGUGAAAUCUGCACCCACUAAAGACAGAUAUACAUUUACAAGUAAGUACAAAAUUGACUUAUCUUUGUCUUUAUUCCAAAGAGCAUCUGAGAAUUUUAAGGAGAUGCAUAUGGCAUUCAAAAGAGCAAAUGAUCCUGUAAAUUAUUUGGAAAGCAAAAAAGAUGAUUUCCUCAUGAGUUUUAAGAUCUCUUGUCAAGGAGCAACCACAGUCACAGAAUUUGUUGAUUUUCUAUGGCACAAACUCACUCCUGCUGUCUCCAACACGAUUUGGCAAAAAAUGGCCCCUAAAAUUGCUGGGGACAUGCGAGCUACCUGCCCAGCAUUCAAUGGAAACAGGGCUAACUUGGAGAAACACAUUCUUGUCUCCCUGGCAGAAAAUGAAAAUUUUGAUGAUUACUGGGAGUACAUUCAUAAUCCUGAAUCAUUUUUUAGGAAUUACAUUCAAAGACAUAUUGAAAGAUAUUGUUCAGAACAAAGGAAUAAUAAAAUAAAGACUUUUUUAAAAAUAAGUGUAGAUGACAUCAAGAAUGCCAUCCUCUCAGCUAUUCAUGAAUCCACAGCAAUAGCCAAAGAUAAAAGCAGCACUGCGUCUGGGUGGUUGGAUUUGUUCUGUGAUCACUUGGGGAGUAACUUGAACUUUCCACGAAAAGACUUGGUAAGCAUUGAACACCAGGAGAUUAAAGAUAUUGAGUUUCUCAAAGAAGCCAUGAGUCAAGCUUUGGAUCCCGCAAUGAACACAGUGGAACAGGAGUGUUUGAGUAAGACUGAAGAAGGAAUGGUUUCUGACAUUCAGAAAAUGCUCUCUGAGCAUCUCUGUGGCUGCUGGAAACAGUGUCCCUUCUGUGAAGCAAUUUGUACAAACACAAUCCCUAACCAUGACGGAGACCACAGCGUUCCUUUCCACCGUCCUCAGGGUAUCAAUGGAUGGAGAUGGAUUAACACAGACUACCUUAUCAUAGACUACUGUACUAGUUUGGUAGCAAGUGAUUGUAAUUUUAUUUUGGAUUGUGGUCUUAAAACCCCAUAUAAGACCUAUCGACAGGCAGGAGGGGAAUAUGCCACAUGGAGCAUCACCCCAGACACAUCCACCCAGACAUAUUGGAAAUGGGUUGUCUGUCACUUCAGAAAGGAGCUAGAAGAAAAAUAUCAGAAAAAAUUUACAGGUAGAGGUGAAAUCCCUCAUGCAUGGACCAAUAUCACAAAGCAAAAUGUGCUUGAUGACUUGGAAAAGCAAUAAUACUCAAUGCCCACAAAAGAGUACCAGUAUCUAAACAACAGUCACAGUACCUGAACAAUCCAAAAAUACCUCUUCCUCACAAUGAGAAACUUUAUUUCCAUUUUUC